AUGGCGCGCCGCCAGCUGGGUUGCCGGGCGGCGGCACUCCCGGCGCUCUGGCGGGGACGCUCCGUCGUGGAACUGGGCUGCGGAACCGGCUAUGUGGGGCUCCUCCUGGCGCAGUUGGGCGCCCGGGUGACGCUCACGGACCUGCCGAAGUUCCAGGAAGCCGCCGCCGCCUCCAUCCUGGCGACGGGACCCCACAUCCAGCCGCCGGGCAGGGCCAGCUUCUGCUGCCUCGACUGGGCCGACGUGGACGCGAACGCCCGGGCGCUGCUGAAAAGUGCCCACGUCCUCGUCGCGGCCGAGCCGGUCACCUGCCAGUGCUCCGAAAGGGACUUCCUGAGCCUCCUGGAGGCGGUGCUGGGCGGAGGAUCCCUCCUUUGCCCUCGGCUCGAAGGUUUCCUCGUGGCGCACAAGCACCAGCAGAACUUCUGCAUCGGCGGUUACAGCGCGCCUUCGCGCGAAGCGGCCCCGGGCAUCGUUCUUUCGGACAGUUGCGACCGCUGCACCUUCCGCCGAAAGCUGCAAGAUGCAGGUGCUUCCAUCGGCGCCUUCGCCAUCGAACCCCCAAGGGAGUUCGCUCACCCCUUCGUCGAGUGCUGGGAGAUCCGUUUGCCGUGGAGAUGA